UUAAUUAUGCCUCUUUUUGUCAUUUUCAUUCUCUAUGUGCAUAAUGGAAAAAGUCUACCAUCAUAACAUAAUAAUUAAAUUCCCCAAAGUUAUAGAUUGCUCUACACCAUUUCCCUUGCCCAUCAUUUUACUCAUAAUACAAAGGGAAAAUAUUCAUACGUAUAUAUCUGGGUACCUAGCUUGAGAGAGACAUGGACAGUGGAGGCUUGCAAAGGUCUACAACAUCAUUUAGAAGACAAGGAUCCUCGGGAUUGGUAUGGGAUGACAAGUUCUUGACAGGAGAAUCGCAUCAGAACAAUGAAAAGGCAGAAACUAGCAGUAAUGGAAAGCUCCAACGGAGUCAGUCCGCUGGCGGAGUCAUCUACCGGACGGUGAAGGUGUCAUCAUCGCCGAACGUAGACCCUCCAUCUCCCAAGGUCUCAGGUUGUGGUUUAUGUGGCAUCUUCGGCAAACCAGUUUCUGCUUCUACUAAUUACAAUACCACCCGCCAUCGUCAACGCAGAACAAAGUAAGCGUUAGAACUUGAUCAUUCGGUGAUAUGAUCAAAUUCUUCAAGUUUGAUUAUAUUAAUAUAUGUAUGUAUCAUCAUGUUUAAUUAUAAAUACAUGUAUGUUCCCGGAAAUUUUUGUUUUCUUUCUUCUUCUUUUUUUCAAGAACAUUCAUGUGGUGAAAUGUUUUUGUUUGUAUAUGGGAUUUUUUUUAGUUCUUGGAGAA